UUAUGGUAAUAGCGACUCUGAUUGCCAUCCUUUAUCCUUUCAUAAUAUAUAAAAAAAAAUUCGUCGGGGGUGUGGAAAGGGCUGCCUGCGAUUUGCUUCCGGGGUUAACCGCCUUCUCCUCCCGUUUACCUUGGCGACGGGGACUUGGAGACGGUUUCCAUGGAAACGGGGGAGCUUCCGGACGCCGCAGCAACACCUUGUCCGCGUCACUGUGAAAAAGCUGAAAUCAUCAGGAACAUGGAAUCUGAAUUAUUAUGUAAGGAAUUCUGAACCCAUUUGAAGAACCAUACUUUCAUUCUCCAAUGGUGGAAAUGCUGCAGAAAUCUGGUGAACAUGUAUUCAAUCAAGAUUGAUGGAUAUAAUUUUAUUUGUAGUUUCUGCAAUUUUAAGGCAAAGAAAAACACAUGAAUGCUGAGAUAAGAAAAAGGAAUUGAAAGCAGUGUUUUUUUAAUUAAGAAAAGCGAGGGAAAAUAUUCUGAAAGUUUUAACAAUGAGCAAAUGUUUGAAAAAACAAAGGAUCGAUUGGAGAAGGGAAAAAGAAUGCCAUGGUUUACCAUGCCAUGUAGACUGGAUGUAUAGACCACCCGUUCAGGUGGUUCUCUGUUCAACAACUGAGGAUUUUCUGGAGGAAAGAAAUUAUUUGGAAAAUCAAGUUUUUCCUCUUCUUAGCAAACUCUGUAAAUCCAGGAGAAGCUAUUUGAAAGUGUUAGAUAUGCAGUGGACAUCACACGAAGGACAUCAUCACCUGAAUACAGAUUCCCACAAGCUCAAAGUUUCACUGGAUCUCAUCGCCAAAAUCUCACCUUUCUUUAUAUGUAUGUUAGGUCAGAAAUAUGGUGAGUAUUGCCCACCAGAUGCGGAGAGCUUUCCAGCAAGUGGAACAGAUAUGGAAGCUUUAUCCAGGGUAGAAAGGAAUAUCCAAAUUGCAGCAAGAAAUGGUUACUCGUGGAUAUUACAUGAAAAUUAUCAAAACUGCAGUUUGCUGGAGCUUCAGAUAAUUGAGGCAGCCUUAAUGAAUGACUCUGGUUUCAGCUUCUUUUAUUUUCGAGAUUCUCGGUAUGUUGAUGAUAUACUUCUGAAUGUUGCACCAGAUGAAAUGGAAAUGAUAGAGCGUAAAUAUAAAAGUAGAGAUGAACACGAGGGACAGAGGAUAAUGGAGCUGAAGGAAAGGAUAGUCAAUAAAGGGUUAUCUGUUGAAAUUUUCAGGACUAUUGAAGAAUUAGGAGAAGCAGUCAUGAGAAACUGUAGCGAUGUGAUUGACAAGUUAUAUCCUAUGGAUUUAAUUCCUUUGCAAACUGAUCAAGAAAGUUAUCUAGAAAUUUGUUACCAUCAAGCAUUUUGGCAGCGGUAUUGCCAGGAUUUUGUAGAAACAAGAGAAACAAGGGAGAUUUUUGGAAUUCUGAACAAAUUUGCUUUUUCUUUCCUACACGAUGAAGCUAUCAGCGAAUUCCCGACAUUUACAUGUAACAGAGCCUUCAGUCAUAUGAUGCCAAGGCAUCUAAAACCUGUGCCCAAAGGCAAAUCUGUCCUAUUACUUUGCGGAGAGAAAGGCUGUGGCAAGUCAACAGUGAUCUGCAACUGGCUAAAAUACUUCACGCAGACAAACCCAUGCAUCCUGGUGAUAACUCACUUCGUAGGAAGUAGCUGUGCCAGCCAUGACAUCAUGUCCUUUAUGAGGCACUGUAUUUUAAAAUUACGCCAUGAAUAUUUUGGAGCUGAAGAUCAUCCUGAUGCAUUCGCUGAAGAUCCUGCAGACCUUUGGGUAUUUCAGAUGAUCCACAAAGCCUUCAUGGCAGCGAUUAGUUUAAAACCAUGUUUGCUUGUGUUAGAUGGUGCUGAUCAACUAACUGGAACCCGUGGGAUGUCAGCACAGCAGGUUAAGGAAUUCUCAUGGCUUCCGUGGCCCCUCCCAGACCAAUGCAGGCUUAUUGUGACCACUGCCUUGUCCAACCUUUCCUACAAAUCACUGUUAAAGCAUGAAGAAGUACAUGUGAUUCAGUUCUUCAACAAAAUUGCUGAUGAAGUCAAAAGCCAUAUCUUCCAGCAGCAUCUGGCCAUGCCCUACAAAGAGAUAAAUGAAAGCCAAAUCCAAAAUAUCCUGAGUAGAAAAUUGAGCUCACUUCCACUUGUCCUGGUUAUUUUGGCUAAUGAACUUCGAGUGUGUGGAGCAUUCAGAAAUGAGACUGAUUGUCUAGAGGAAUACCUUCAGUGUCGUUCUGUUCAGGAGUUGUGGGCCGCUGUCUUCAAGCGGUGGAUUGAAGACUACAGUUGGGUUACUGAGAAGAGAACUUGCAGCAGAGAAAAAGAAAUCUCUUACUCCUAUUCUCAUUCUUCCAUCUCAGGUAUGAAGGGUUGGGUCGUUGACAUCCUUUGUCUGCUUGGUGUAUCUCGUUAUGGAAUAAAUGAGAAGGACAUCCAACAGCUUCUUAAAUACCUGGGCUAUAAAGACACCAAUGAGAUCAGUAGUUUUGACUGGGCUGUCUUCCGUACUGCCACCAUGGCAUGGAUACAAGAAAGGCCAGAUGGAUUGUUGAAUUUCACUCACCAAUCAAUACGGGAUGCUGUGGAAUAUCUUCUUCUAGGUGUUAUUGCUCCAGUCAAUGAAUCUACUUCAAACUCCUAUCAAAAUCAUUUUAACUAUAAAAAGACCCUCAAUCACCAGCUAUUUGCAGAGUACCUUUCACAGCAGAAAUACACCUUGAACCUUUACCAAGAGCUACCUUGGCAUCUGAAAAUGAGUGGAAACCUCAGUGAUUUACGUAUUGUUGUAUCUGAUCCCCUAAUCAUGGAUUUAAUUUAUCAGAAUUCAAAGCAUUCUUAUCAGUCGAAGAUGGACCUUGUCCAUCACUGGGAUUUGUUAUCAGAGGCAGGAUUUGAUCCUACGGUUUCCUAUCACAACAUGGUGAUUGAGUUCCUGGCCAGACCCUAUAUAUCAGAAAAUGGUGAUAAUGAAUUGUUGAACUAUAACAGCUGCAGUCAGGCUACUUUGAUAUGGUUUACUGCAGAGUUUCUGAAAGAACUUGACAAGACUGCAGCAGCAGAAGAAUUACUUCUAAUUGCCCAAACUUUGUUGCCAGAGUCAUGCCCUCUGAGCCUGAAGGAAACUGAAAUUUAUCUUAAAGUUCACCACAGUAUUGGACAGCUAUGUGUCAGGAUGGGCAGGAUACAGGACGCAGAAAAGCAUUUUCGAAAGGCUUUGCACAGUAUCGAUUAUGCAUCGAGAUAUAUCAGGAAAAAUCUUCCGGAGAUGGUCAGACGUACAGCACGCUUGUUGUUUAAAUUGGCUAAUUUAGUUAUGCAAGGUGGCUCAACUGACAUUAGAGACAUACUGCAGAAGGCCAGGAGAAUUACUAAAAAGACCUGUGAUCCAUGUGCAGAAGCAAAUUUAAACAUUCUUGAAGGUUUCCAAAAGUUACAUUUAAAUAAACUGCUUGAAGCUGAAAAUUAUUUUAAACAGGCUUUAGAUAUCAGGCAAAAAUGGUAUGGAAAUUUGCAUCCUGUAGUUGCUGAGGUACUAGAACCCCUGGCAGAUUUGCUGUGCUAUCCUAAGUACUCAAAAAGCUUAGACUGGAGUCAAUCAAAAAGGCUUUACGAACAAGUGGUCAAAAUUCAAGAGGACAGAAUGCAGCGGGCCACAUCUUCAGAAAUUAGAGAUCAGGUCAAUCUCCACAGAGCUAUUACUAUCUAUAAACUAGGUAAACUAUUAAAAAGUGAAGGCAAUUGUCUGGCUAGAAAAAAAGCAGCAGAAUGUUUACAACACUCAUGUGACUUACUAACUGAACUGCUGGGUCCUAAUCAUCAUUUAACAAUGGAGGUGCGAAGGCUGCUGAAACAUACAGAGAAACAAGUCUGCAAAGAUAUGACACUUUUGAUGAAUUUGGAUAGUCCUAAAGUGUCUACCAGUUUGCUAACAGCAAAGAAAGAUGAUCAGCCAGAGUCUGAUUCACAAUAUCCUUAUGAAAGCUUGAAGAUGCACCCUGAUUCGAAGACUUUAGCCAGCAGCCAAGCUGACAGUCCACAGAUGACUGCCCAUGUCAACUCUGCACAAACAACACAACCUGUUGACAGUUCAAUAGAAAAGACACAAACAGGUGUUGAUUAUAACAUAUAUUCUGAUGAUCCUGUUGUACUCGAACAGGAUAUAAUAGAUUAUAAUGUUAAUUUCGAAGAGGAAUGUUUAACCAAUUCAAGAUCUGGUUCAAAUUUAUAUAUUUCUAAACAUGCUUUGCUUCCAAGGCCAACUUUAUGGAUGGAACAGCCAAAAUCUAGUCACCCAGAUAUGAAAAGCAAUUUAUCAACAACAACCAAAAAACAGUCCUUGCUCGGUUCAAUCUGCAGACCAUUAACUACUUGCAAAGUGUCUGCGUUUGGGCCUAAUAUUAACACUUUAGUACCACCUUUAAGAACUAAAGCAGGAUCAGAAAGACUCAGAAUCAUUUACCAAUCAGGUUGGCAUCAUCCACCAGGACUGCACCCAGCUCUUAAAAAGCCUUUCUCAUCCGUGAGACAUGUGCUGAAAAGGAAUCCUGAGAUAACUUGGAAUGUGCAUCACAUAAAUACACCUAAGUGCAAAGCCAGCUGGCGGUAGAUUUGGCUGAGAUUUCCGUGUAACUUGUUUUGCUUUCAGGUAGGACUGUCCAGUAAGAUGCAUAUUCAAACUGAAUGAAGUUUGAAAUAUUAGAGGAUGUCUCAACUGAUAUCAUUCUUGCAUUCCUUUUCUUUACCAGUUUGGAGAGUAGAACCCCAGACAUCUAAUUAGAGGCACUAAGGAUUUUAUAGACAGGUAUUGUCUAUAUUGACUAACAAAUAAAAGAGAAAAAUGAUAA